AUGGAAGAAAUGAAGCCUUCGUGGAACAGAAAUCCGCGCAAGAAUAAGUAUAUUGUGACGAAGUUACAGUCCUCCAGUCCAAAAAGGCGUUUGCCUAUAGCAAUUCUGGUUGCUAUUAUUUUAGUGGUGGUGGGAGUCCUUUUUGCUCUAUUGAUUUUCACUUACAUGAGAGGCAAGGGGAAACCUGAAAGCACCAGUGGGUCUAUUUUCAACACUUUGACAUCGAAGCAAGAAGGCUCGUUUUUAACGACUUCCGAAGGUUCUUCAUCUGUUCACUAUCAGACGUCACUGAACCGAUCUUCUAUGGCCAUUUAUGCCACAACAAAGAAGAAGAAACCAGCUGCCACCUCAUCACUGAUAUCGUCGAAUACAAUGCCUUCACCAAAAGCUAUGUUGGCAGUCUCUGAGAAAGUUCAGACACCCUCACUAUCAAGUAUUGUGUCACUAAGCUCAAAGAAAAUGAGAGGGAGUGUUUCUUCAAUAAUAUCAUCAACAAGUGAAGUACACACAUUUAGCAGUGUGGCUGACCCAACAGUUAUCGCGAAUCUUUUGCCUAACAAAGAAUCUAAGUGGUCUCAAUGGAGCUCAUGGAGUGAUUGCACCAAAACAUGUGGUACUGGUUCACGAUAUCGUAACAGAACAUGCGUGGCCAUUAAUAAGGGGACAGUUUUCACUCUUAUCUCAUGUGCUGGAAAAUCUUCGCAGACUGUGUCAUGUGCAGAAUGGAACUGCCCAGAUUGUUCAAGAAACUGCACCAAUGGAACACUGAAUGAUGCCUGUGACGCAUGUACAUGUUAUCACCAUGUUCUUUCCGGCAGGAUUUUGACAAUAGAGAAUGUGCCACUGUCAGAAGUAAACAUAUCACUGGCAGAGACACCGUAUAACAUCCUUGCACAGACAAACGCCAGUGGACACUUCACGACUCUGGGUGUCUGCGCGGGUGAGCAGGAAUUACUACUGCAAAAAUCUGGGUUCGUUCCCAUGAGAGAAAAAGCCAAUGUACUGACUCCAACAAUGGCUAUAAUUACUGUAAAAUUAGAGUUUGCAGUCCCACCAUUUGUUACAGUUCAUCCUAAAAGUAAAAUGCGCAUGCCUGGUCAGGCUGUUACAUUUUGUUGUCAUGGAAAAGGGAACCCUCCACCGGAAAUUGAGUGGUUUAAGGAGAACAACGUCAUUGACAAAGAUUUGUACAACUAUAACAACACUCUUGAGAUAAGUGACGUCGCUGGUCUGAAUGGAAGUUUCCGUUGUCGUGUGGUAAAUCAGUUUGGCUCCGAAUUCUCUGAAGCGGCAGAGUUGAAAGUCAUGGGUAAGUCGGACGAUUCAUGCCCCUCGGCGCCUAUUUCUAAGAACCAGACGCUGCCCCCUGGUUGCGUUUUAAACGGCACAAACAUUACAAUCUUAGACGUGGGAGAAUGUGAGCGUGUUGCAUGCGUGAAGAGGAAAGACACCUUUAAUUCUUCUUGUUCAGAGCCUCUGCAAUGCUGUGGGCCUCGCUCUUUUGAUAACGUCCUUGUGAGGUGUGGAGCUUUCAUGUCAUUCACUCUCUCCAAAAUAAAAAGCUGCGGUUGUGACCAAUGUAUCGACGAACAAACAAUAAUGCAAGGUGUUACUUUUGGUCAGGAUGGCAAAGCGGCGAAAUUUAUAGAUUUAUUUUUUAAUGAUAAACAAGUUGAUAGAACCGAUGCUGAUGGAAUGUUUUCAAUUUCUGUUCCACGGGAUACGAAAAGAGCGAUAGUGACUUUUAAAGAUCAAAUUUUUAAGAAAUUUCAGGAGGAAGACAAAAUUUUCUUUCUAAACGAAGGACAGAAGGCAAUGUAUAAGGUGACACUGAGAGAGAAACCAAAGCCUCUCAUUUUUAACGCGUCGGGACCAUUGGAUUUACCGUUAGGAGGUAACCUCGAUAGCUUUGCUGAUCUUGAGCUUCCCGAAAACUCCCUCCUGACUGAGGAUGGCUCGGUUUUCCGGGGAAAUGCUAAAGUCUCAGUUAGUGUCACUGAUCCACGUAACCUCUCUGACAUCUUGACAGCUCCUGGAGAUUUUACCACCGUGAGUGAAGACGGCCAAGAAGAAAUCCUUGAGACGUAUGGUAUGAUUAGGCUCAAUAUGGAGGAUGAUAAUGGUAAACCUUUAGUUAUGUCAAAGCCCAUGAAAGUGUACCUAGAUCCAGAAAAACUUAACUUGACUGUUUCUGAUGGUAAUGCAUCCGUCAAACUUUAUUGGCUUGACCGGAAGACGGGACGGUGGAGAGAGGCUGGUGAUUUUUCUCUCGAAGAUGGAAGCAAACGUAGACGAAAACGAACCAACAGAAUCUUUCUUGCAGGAACUGUGACACCGUCCAUAGCUAGGGAAAGUCUUAACUUUGAUCGGCCACAUGCGAUAGUCGGCUUACGUGUAACAGUCAAUCCAGAAGAGGAUAACGUCGUUAUUACAGCCAUCCGCAAAGACAACAGGGGAUAUGUUCAGCGCACCACAAAUCAAGGCGUGGUUUGCAUGGAGAUUUGGAAAGACAAGGACUAUUACCUUCAAGCCCAAAAGGAUUCCAAGUAUUAUGAUACUGAUGAAAAUAUUAAAAACCACUUAAAACACGUUAAUGGUGAUAUUGUAUCAGUUGAAGGCGGCGGUGAGACUAUUAAAUCAUUUGAGUUUCAUAGCGCCUUGGUGAAUCGAAGUGGGCCGAUUUACGAAAACGACGGUGGUGGAACUGAAAUGCAGAAGUGCAAAAUGUCCUUGAACGAUCCACAUAGGCCAGGAAUAGGCAGACAAUUUGUGUUUAAGCCACGUCAAGACAUCAAUCCGGAAUACGCAUUGCUCAAAAUGAUUGUUACGACCGCUGAGUGGAUCUCGCAAAGGGGCGAAUAUUGUUUUAUCAAAGUUAAAGUAACUGGCAGGAAUACUUUGUUCAUGGUCACUAGUUAUGAUACAAAUGCCCAAACUGUUCUUGGCUUUCACAUCAGGAUGCCAGAAAACGUUACCUCGGGCUCAGGCAGCGUUGCUUGUUUCCAGUUCAGGUGUCCGAGAGCUAAUAGUCGCACAGUCGUUCUUUUGACUCCAAUGACGUCGGGCGUUACAUGCAAGCAUAAGAAAACAGCUCAGACUUUGAGUGAUGUACAGUCAAACCAAGGAUUGUGUCCGGGAACUCUACUCACCUCUGAAGGAAAGGAAAAAUGGCUUUGCAUUCCGUUUUUAACCACGGAUAUGUUUACCACCUUUUCGGGAGUGCCUGAACAAAAUGGCGAGGCGAGAUGUCUUAGAAAUGACCAACAUUAUGGUGGAGUAGAUAUAUCAUCUGUGAAAUCUUCCACCUGGUCAUCCGUGGAGUAUACAUGCAGGAAUGGACAAUGUCUGGCGUGCGUCCAUCCAAUGCGGAAUGCACGCGGAUAG